ACCGGCGCUUCAUAUAUUUUCAAUAACGUACUUAUCCUCGAAUCUACGCUUAUGUGAGGAGAGCAAGACGGUGAAGACUAGAGAUAACCAUUGACAUAUAUAGGUAUCUAUACCUUAUAUAUAUAUAUGAGUGGGUAUUUACAUUGAACAACAAAUCAAAAAGUGGCGGCAUCAUGAACAUCAGCCUUCCUACUCGAUCAUCGCCGAGUCUUAGGAAUCAGGCUAGUAGGAAUUACUUCACCAACUACACACCACCAUCAUCAACAGAAGCCGUCAAUGGCCCGGUACGUGAGCCCGCAAGGGGGCUCAUGCCCAUCAAUGACCGCCUUAUAGUCGGCGUCGAUUUUGGUACCACAUUCUCUGGAGUAGCGGCGGUAUAUACCUCGACACCAGAUGACGUCGAGAUUAUUAAGACAUGGCCGGGUGGGAAUGGCAUCACAUCUGACAAAGUUCCCACAGAAAUCACUUACGACUUUCCGCCAAAUUCGACUCCUGAGACCAAACCCAACGUCAAAUGGGGUUUCCAAUUUAAGCCCGAGGAGUCGCGGUUACGAUGUAUCAAGCUUUUCCUCGACCGGUCACAGAAACUACCAUUCUACGUCAGUCCGCAGGAGACCGCCACCCAGCUUAAGAAGUACAAUAAAACGGUCAUAGAUGCGGUUAGCGAUUACCUUACCGAGAUUUACAAGCACACGAUGGACACACUCACUCGGCGAUACGGCGAAUCGUUCAUGGCGUCAACUAAUGUGGACUUUGUUCUCACUUGUCCUGCAGUAUGGUCUGAUGCUGCAAAAAAUGCAACGCUGCAGGCUGCUGAGAGGGCAGGGAUGGGUCUUAAAGCGGAUAUUCAGAUAAUUAGCGAACCCGAAGCUGCUGCUGUUUAUACUCUCAAGGCUAUUCAACCAAAUCAUCUCAGCGUAGGAGAUAAUUUUAUUGUUUGUGAUGCCGGCGGCGGAACGGUAGACUUGAUCGCAUAUAAAAUAAUGUCACUGAAACCUCUUAAAGUAGAGGAAUCAGCUGUCGGGACUGGCGGCCUUUGCGGGAGUGCGUUUUUAAAUUACAGGUUCGAAGAACAUGUUCGAGGAAGACUCGGUCAUAGCAAGUUCGAGGAGAUGAAGACGAAAAAGGGCAAGACGUGGCAGAUGGGUCUUCGAUAUUUCGAAGAAUUCGUGAAGAGGAAUUUCAACGAAGACGAGUAUCAGGAAGUCAAUGUCCCAUUCCCAGGACUUCCCGAUGACGAAGAAGCACGGAUAGAUUCGGGAUUCCUUGUGAUGACUGCCGAUGAGGUCAAAGGGAUCUUCGAACCUGUUGUCAAAGAAGUAUGCGACCUAGUCCAAGGUCAGGUAGAUGGCCUCCGUAGCAAGGGAGGGAUCGUGUCAGGCAUCAUACUAGUCGGUGGAUUUGGCCAGAGUGACUAUCUUUACCGACGACUGAAAGCGCAUUUCACGAGCGCGGCCCCUCCCCCGUAUACGGAACGACCGACCCAUGCGGCCAGCGCUGCCGCCGCUCUUGAUGGAAAUGGGAACAUCGAAGUCAUGCAGCCCGUAUAUGCCUGGACGGCCGUGGUUCGUGGUGCCGUACUACGUGGGCUCGAGGGAAACAUGGUUAUCAGCAGGAAGGCACGCAUGCAUUACGGAACGUCCUACGCGACCGUCUACGAUGAAGAGAAACAUGACGUGAGCGAACGGUACUGGAGCCCCUUGUGGGAGCGGUGGAUGGUCAGCGACCGAAUGCAGUGGCAUAUAGCUAAGGGCGAAGCCAUAUCUCCUCUAUCACCCAUCGCCUUCCACUACACACGCAACUUCCGGCCGGGGCAGUCGCUCGUAGUCACAGACGACUUGAUCGCAUGCGAGGCAGACGAGCCCACAGCCGCGUAUUCAAGGGAACUAGUGCACGUGUGCACACUUACCACGGACCUAAGUGCAGUCCCGAGAAGCCUGUUCACGAGACUGACGACGACGAGGGGCGUCGAGUUCGAUAAUCUCGAUUUUACACUUGAGAUGAUCGUCGAUAGCGCGGGCUUGAGCUUCGAGUUGAAGGUCGAUGGAGUUAGGUACGGGCGGGUCGAGGCCGAGUUUCACUGAUGUUGGGUGAAGAUAUGAUGUUGCAUAGGUGCAUGAUCUAGUGAAAAGAGACGGUGUAAUUAAUGGUAGUUGAUAUAGCGAAGGGGGUGCAUUAUGUAUAGCAACCGCGUAUAGGUGGUUAUUUAAAUUUCAAUACCUGCUUCUAGAGCGAGUUUAAGGUCUGUUCAC